AUGGUGACAACAAAGGCGUAUGCGCUGCUGCUUGUUGCCGCAGCAGCGGUAGGGGCGACGGGCGUGCAGCGUCGAGACGGCUCGACUAUCACUGUCUCCACCACGCAAUUCAACCCUCAGGAGACCAACCAGGGCGGCACGACAAACUUGGCGGGAACGUUCAAUGUCUCGCCCCUCGCCACGUCAAGGUCGUACCAGUUCCAGACGCUUUCACAGACCAGCACGUUCGCCCUUUCCGCGGGAGGUGCGGCAAACACUCAGAGCCCCUCCUCUGGCGGCGGCGGCAGCAACAGUGGCGGCAGUGGCAACAGUGGUGGAAGCGGAAGCGGGGGAAGCGGGAACAUCGGGGGCGGGACGAUUGUCGUGACUGCGACGGCGCCUACGAGUACGGUGAAUAUGGUCAGCACGGGAGCAAGCAGCAGCAGCUCGUCCACGGACGUGAACACCGCGAGCAACGGUCUUCCCAGCCUGGCACUGGGUGCUCUAAGCGGCGCCAUGGCCGUCCGCGUCGACAGCACCAUCUACGCCGCGCUGCUGGCUGUGGGCGCUGCAGCCGUCUGCGGCACCUUGAUCGUCGCAUGA